AUGGAGGAAUCCACCAAGACGCUGGCGGAGUCUUUGAGUGUAGUCAAAGUCCAACGCGUCCAGCUUAAGCGCUAUCUAGAUAUGGACCGCGUUAUGGAUGCGCUCAAGAGUGCAUCGACCAUGUUGAGUGAGCUGCGCACCUCCAGUCUAACGCCCAAGCAUUACUACGAACUCUACAUGGCGGUCUUUGAUGCACUUCGUCACCUGUCGAUCUAUUUGUAUGAUGCUCAUACAGGCGGCAAGCACCAUUUGGCUGAUUUGUAUGAGCUUGUGCAGUACUGUGGGACAAUCGUUCCUCGCCUGUACCUUAUGAUCACUGUCGGCAGUGUGUACAUGUCUGUGCCCGACGCGCCCGUCAAAGAGAUCAUGAAAGACAUGACUGAAAUGAGCCGAGGUGUGCAGCACCCGACACGGGGACUGUUUUUGCGCCAUUAUUUAUCUGGGACGACGCGAGAUCAUCUGCCCAUCGGCACGGAUGCAGGACCUGCAGGCAACCUAUCGGACAGUAUCAGCUUCAUUCUUGCGAACUUUGUUGAAAUGAAUAAACUUUGGGUCAGGCAGCAACAUCUAGGCCAUUCUCGUGAGCGUGAAAAACGCGAGAUGGAACGCCGCGAGCUCCGGAUCCUUGUUGGUACGAAUCUUGUGCGCCUUAGCCAGCUCGAUGGCGUCACGCUUGAAAUGUACCAAACGACGAUUCUCCCUGCUCUGCUUGAGCAGGUGAUUCACUGUAAGGACGUCAUUGCACAGGAGUAUCUGAUGGAGGUCAUUAUCCAGGUGUUUCCGGAUGACUUCCAUCUGCGCACGCUCAAUCUCCUCUUGUCCGCCUGCACACGACUGCACCCGAAAGUCAGUAUCAAGCAGCUAGUGAUUUCACUAAUCAAUCGUCUCGCAGCUUAUGCGACUCGCGAAGCUGAGAAUGAAAGUGCCGAUGCUCGUGCACGCGAAGAAUACGAGGCCAAUGAACGUCUCGCGGCCAAGGUCCGUGACAUGCGUCGACAUGUCGUAAGUAAGCCGCCAUCGGCAAUUUGGCGUGAAAUUGUUCUGGAGCAAAACACAAAACGGGACACUUGGCGCCUCUUGUCGUCGGAUCUCGAGCAGGCGUUGCCCGAUGACGGCAACAACAUCUGGAGCGAUACAUUCAAGCCACCUUCAUCCUCUCAAGAGGACGAUGCCUGGAUCGAUGGCGAGAUCGCAGCUAAUGAAGCACCUAAAGAGGCGUCCGCCGAACCCGAGCAUGCAUUGGACGAAGAACCGUCUCAGUCGCCCGAUGUUGAAGGGGCUGAAUCUGACAAGCCACAACGUGAGCAAGAUCAAGCAGCAUCGGUGCCGGCCAAGUUCCGUGGGAUUCCAGAAGAUGUGCGCCUCUUUGAAGUGUUUUGGGAGCAGAUUAUGUUGCUGAUGCGGGCGCGACCUGAUUUAUCGACACAGGACAUCUCGUCUUUGCUCCUUGCCCUUCUGACCUUGUCACUUAGUUGUUAUCCAGACCGUCUUGAGUAUGUCGAUCAGGUGCUGGGCUUUGCGAAGGACAAAUUCACCGAAGCACUGGACGCCGGCGAAAAUACAGUUCUUUCGCCUCAGAGCAAUUUUCACGCGCUGCUCUUAGCUCCGAUCAAUUCGUACGCAAGUGCACUAACCCUUCUCGGCUUGCCACAGUUCCACGCGCUGUGGAUGAUGCAGCCACCUAUCACGCAGCGAUUGAUAGCACAGGCCAUUGUGCUUUCUAUGCUACGGCGCCAAACGAUCGUGUCUUCGCCUUCAGACGUAGAUGGACUGCUGGAACUGUGUGCGCCGCUGCUACAGAACCAGCCGGAGUUAACCGUGCAAGGCAUCGUGCCUGGCAGUGCAUCUGCACAGACGGUGUCGCAAGCGAACAAUGCGGUGCUGGACGAAAUUGCGAACCAACAAGGCGCUUUAGCUCGCUUGGUGCACUUGUUUCGUUCGGAUGAUCCAGAUACGCAGCUUGCUCUGCUAUAUACCGUUCGGCAGCGCUAUGUGCAAGGAGGCGAUGCCAUUCGAUCUACCAUUCCGCCUCUAAUAAUGGACUCCAUCGCGCUUGUGCGCCGCUUUGAGCUCUGUUCGCGAGACAAGAACUGGGAGCGCAAAAUGAAGACGCUUUUCCGCUUUGUACACCAGCUCAUUUCAACGCUGUACCACUCUGUCGAGUCGCCAGAGCUGUGCCUACGAUUCUUCCUUCUGGCUGCUGAGGUCGCUGACGAAGCAGGAUUCGAAGAGCUCGCGUACGACUUUUACGUGCAAUCCUUCACAAUAUUUGAGGAAUCCGUCUCUGACUCGCGCUCACAGCACCAAGCCAUCGGGUUUAUUACCAGCACUCUAUACAAAGCAAGGGCGUUUAGCCGCGACAAUUACGACACACUCGCUACGAGGGCUGCGCUAUACUCAGCAAAGCUGCUCAAACGGCCUCAACAGGCGCUCGCUGUGCUUAUGGCCAGCCAUUUGUGGUGGCAGCUUCCUGCACCCAAAGACCGGGGUAUCGAGCUACGACAUCCCCUUGUGAAGAGUGGACGUCGUGUGCUUGAGUGCCUGCAAAAGGCGCUGCGUAUCGCCGACGGCUGCAUGGACGAGCAUGCAACAAUCGACAUGUUUUGUCAUGCAUUGAACAAGUACAUCUACUACUUUGAGGUCGGCGUUGAUACAGUAUCAAGCCGACACAUUAACUCACUCGUCAACCUUAUUGCGAAGGCCCUUGAUACCAUCAAUUCUGACAACAAGCCCAUGAGCUGGCGACAGGUGUCGGUCGAUAUCCCAGCCAAUUCCGACGCCUCACAGCUACACUUCGUCAAUCUGCUCCGCUAUGUGGAAUCCAAGAAGCAGGCGGCCUUGGAUGCAGAGACAGGAAGCCUCGCUGGCCCAGACUGGCUCGGUCUUCAAACGACUGCCAUACUCACGCGCCUCGCGUCUACAUAA